GGCCUGUCGGCGGGCGGGGUAAGAUGGCGGAACUGGGGAAGAAGUACUGCGUGUACUGCCUGGCCGAGGUGAGCUCUCUGCGCUUCCGCUGCACCGAGUGCGCCGACAUCGAGCUCUGCCCCGACUGCUUCUCGGCGGGCGCCGAGAUCGGCCCGCACCGCCGAUGGCACGGCUACCAGCUUGUCGACGGCGGCCGCUUCACCCUCUGGGGCGCCGAGGCCGAGGGCGGCUGGAGCAGCCGGGAGGAGCAGCUGCUGCUGGACGCCAUCGAGCAGUUCGGCUUCGGCAACUGGGAGGACAUGGCUGCUCACGUGGGAGCAUCCCGAACCCCUCAGGAGGUGAUGGAACACUAUGUGAGCAUGUAUAUCCAUGGCAACCUGGGAAAAGCCUGCAUCCCUGACACGAUUCCCAACAGAGUAACGGAUCACACGUGUCCCAGUGGCGGCCCACUUUCUCCCAGCUUGACCACGCCGCUCCCACCGUUGGAUAUAUCGGUGGCUGAGCAGCAGCAGCUGGGAUAUAUGCCACUUCGGGAUGACUACGAGAUCGAAUACGAUCAAGACGCGGAGACUCUGAUCAGCGGCCUUUCGGUGAACUACGAUGACGACGAUGUGGAAAUAGAGUUAAAAAGAGCUCACGUAGACAUGUACGUAAGGAAACUCAAGGAACGGCAACGGCGGAAGAACAUUGCGCGAGACUAUAACUUGGUACCGGCCUUUCUGGGGAAGGAUAAAAAGGACAAGGAGAAAGCUCCCAAACGAAAGAUCACAAAAGAAGAGAAGGAGUUGAGGCUGAAACUGCGGCCUCUGUACCAAUUCAUGUCUUGUAAGGAGUUUGAAGACUUCUUUGAGAACAUGCACAAGGAGAGGAUACUUCGAGCAAAGAUUCGGGAGCUGCAGCGGUAUCGUCGAAAUGGAAUCACCAAAAUGGAAGAGUCAGCAGAAUACGAGGCAGCUAGACAUAAACGGGAAAAGAGGAAGGAGAACAAAAACAUAGCUAGUUCCAAGAGAGGGAAGGAAGAUGGUAAAGAAGGUGAAUUUGCUGCCAUUGAAAACCUGCCUGGCUUUGAACUGUUGUCAGAUAGGGAAAAGGUGCUCUGCAGCUCUCUAAAUUUGAGUCCUGCCCGUUAUGUGACUGUAAAAACUAUAAUCAUUAAAGACCAUCUCCAAAAAAGACAGGGAAUUCCUUCAAAGAGUCGCCUUCCCAGUUACUUAGAUAAGGUACUGAAGAAAAGGAUUUUAAACUUUCUAACAGAGAGCGGUUGGAUAUCCAGGGAUGCUUCAUGAAACUCAGCUGAUCUGAAAAAACACAGCAGAGGCCCAUUAUAGCCUCAAGGACUCGGUUAUUUUUUCCUUCCCUCCCCAAAGAUAUAGAAAUUAUGUCACUUCAAACAAAAAAAAAGCAAAUACAUAAAUCCCCACAGUAUUCAUGAUCCAUGGUUUAAAUAGACUUUUGCUUUGGAUCAUGGAAAAUACAUAAUUGUGAAACUCUACAUUGGAUUUCACUGCUUUUGGUAAUUGGAACAGAUUUCUUUCAUGUGAAGUUACUUGAGUCCAGUAGUCCCAGAGUAGUUACUUUACUCCUCACUAUUGGACAAAUGAGUAUCGGUGUAAUCCUUGCUUUUCUUUGAAGGUGGGAGAGUUUCUUGCGCUGGAAACUUUCUUCUCCCUUUGUUUUGUUUUGGUUUUUUUGCAUAACGCUGGCAGCAAAGUGAAGCUUAUGAAAGUCCUGAGCUCAGGAGCAUGGUGAGCGGGGAUUUUUGUGACCAUUGCUAAGCUUUUACUCCUUAGUAACUACAGCCAAGGUGCUGGGACAGCCAGGUGAGAGUUUCUGUCAAGGGACAAGCCAUGGCAGGGAGGGGAAGGAAAGAAAUGUGGUAGGUAGGUGAGGUAUCUUCAGGUACUUGUGCUGUGAGAAGGGUUCUUGAAGAGCUGCCUUCACACCCAGCUGGUCCAGACACAGCUUUGACUUGAGUUUUUGCUGACACAGACCCCGCUGAAGCUUUGAUGUUAACUUGUUAGUAUCAAAGUUGCAGGAGUACAGGGCAGCUGUGCUGCUGUGUUCUGGAAGAGCUGUCAGUGCUUACUGUGAAGGAGCUGAUUUGGGCCAGGAAUGGGAUUUGGGGAAAACUGACAGUGAGUUGUCUUGCAGCAGUUGGGAGCCUCAGGCAGCGAAAUCACUGUUUCCUCUUGCGGGGGGGAGCCUACUCCUGCUUUGGUGUCUGUAACUUCUGAGUGUGUAUGGGCUGAGGAGGAGUAGCUGCCUCCCGAGUUUGGUUGGGAGGGACAGAGAAAGGGAGCGAGAUUCUCAAAUGGAUAGUGAUCACUGAGAUUGCAUUUUUGUUUUUAAAAAGCAAAGUGAUAGAGGUGAGGUCAAAAUACACAGCUAACGCACUCCUGAAGAACAGAGCUGUAAAUCAGCCGUUGCAGGGUUCUAACUGCAUGUACCUUGACACGGACUGGAUUAAAUGUGUGGAAGUUGAAGUUACUGACAUGGUAGGACUGUGAAUGCAGCCCACUGCAGUGAGAACAGCGCACCUCAAGUGGUAACUCAUCACAACUCAUAGCAACUAUAGUCUGAAGUGGGUGCUCAUGACAGGCACCAGCUGGUGAUGUAACACAGCAUGUAACAGCAAUACCUGAUCCACAGUACUGUCCUAGUAAGAUCCACCAAUGAAGGGAAAGGAGGGCUAAAAAAGGAUUUAUAUACCCAGUUCAUCCUUAAAUUCCUGUGCUGUUAUUUAACAAAA